AUGGCGACUCGCGUGCUAAAGUCGUACAAGCUUUUUGUCGGAAAUCUUUCGUGGACAGUGUCGCCGGCUGAACUAAGAAAUUACUUCAGCAAGUACGGGCAGGUGAAACAGUCGCGAAUAAUAUUCUCAAAAUCUGGCUGGAGCAGAGGUUAUGGAUUUGUCACCUUCAAUCGCGAAAAUGACUUCAAAAGCGUCUUCAAUCAGAAAGAUCACUUCCUGGGAGGCCAUAUGGUAAAACUAGCACUUAAAUUUUAA